AUGGAUCCCUCACCUAUCAACCUCACUCAAACCUUCCACUACUCCACCAACACCCAUAGCUACCAGAUCCGCUGGACCUCUCUCGGAGAUGCCACCUCCCCACCGCUGGUAUUUGUGCACGGCACACCGUGGUCCUCACGCGUGUGGCAGGUCUACGCACAAUCCCUCGCCAGAUACUUCCACGUCUACCUCUUUGACAACCCCGGGUUCGGCGAGAGCCCGCUCGGCCAGCCGCUACCAGACAAAGAAUACACAAUCAGCAAGGCAGUCGCCCUGGACGCAGAUCUGGCGCAGCAGUCAGAGGUAUUCGCAGCGCUCUACAAAUCCUGGGCACAGACUUGGCCGCAGCAGCAGAACAACACCACCAAGGCUGCCCAUGUCAUCGCACACGACCAUGGCGGCCUGAUGAGUCUACGGGCUCAUUUGGUGCAUGGCUGCAAGUUUGCGAGUCUGUGUCUGAUUAAUGUCGUUGCGUUGGGGCCUUUCGGUCAACCUCUGUUUAGACUGAUUGCGGAGAAUGAGGGCGUCUUUGCUGCGUUGACGGGGCCUGUCUUUGAGGGCGUGGUCGAGUCGUAUAUUCGAGAUGCGGCUUUUCGCGAGCUGGGGAUGGAGACGAUGGCGAUGUUGAAGAGGCCGUGGGUUUCGAGUGAGGAGGGGAGACGGAGCUUUGUGAGGCAGAUGGUGCAGGCUAAUAGUCGGAGCACGGAGGAGGUUGAGGGGAGAUAUUCGGAGGUUGGGGAGAAGAUGCCUGUAAGGAUAAUCUGGGGGCAAGAGGAUAGGUGGAUUCCUGUGGAGACGGCACAGAGGUUAAAGGAAGCGUUGAAUGCUCGGGAUGUAGUCUUGAUUGAUGGGGCAGGCCAUCUGGUGAUGUAUGACCAGGAGGGCAAGUUAGGGCUCGAACUGGGUUGGUGGUUGAACAGUGUUAGCUAA